ACAAUACACGUAGCGUAGUACGGGAAAAAGAUGGGUGGCAAUAGAAGGUAGCCUCUGUGAUUGGCUGCUCCACACAAUUCUUAUCUAUCACGUGGCAGCUGAUAGUGGAAUUAUUUUUCCGAUUUUAUGACAAGCGUUACUUUUCUUUCCCACGAUUCAACACAUUAGAUCUAUGAAUACAAUGUUAUGCAACGUCUCACAUCUUUUAUCAUGACCUCAAUCCCCAAGAAAGUUCCUAUUCCUAGGAAAGGUGUAGACUAUAGGGGCAAGGUAGUACUGUGAGUUUGAGGUGUUGCGAAUGGCAAUCAAGAAGUUACUAACAUCGUCAUCUAGUGCUCCUAUGGUGAGAUCCGGCGAACUUCCUUCACGUUUACUUGCUCUUCACUAUGGAGCAGAUUUGGUAUGGGGUAUGGGAUUUUUCUUCUAUAUUAACUAGUUAAGUGACUGACGAGUUCAAGGCCCCGAGACGGUCGAUCGAUCCAUGAUUGGAACGACACGCAAAGUGAACACCGCCCUUAAUACAAUCGAUUUUACACGGCUCCCUUCUCAAGGACAUAAAGAGAAGAAUGCAAAUCUGAAUGAAAGUCUCAUAUUCCGCCUCCAUCCAGAACUCGAAGGCAAAAAACUCAUUUUUCAAAUCGGCACAUCCGAUCCCGAAAAAGCAGUCCAAUGUGCGCGCAUGGUCGCUGCAGACGUUGCGGGCAUUGAUGUAAAUGCAGGAUGUCCGAAACCAUUCAGUACAAGCGGCGGUAUGGGGGCAGCACUCCUACAAACACCGGAUAAAUUAUGCGCCAUUCUAGAAGCUUUAGUCAAGGAAAUUGUGCCGGAAUUUGAAAUUGGAAUAAGUGUGAAGAUACGAUUAUUAGAAACUCCUGAGAGGACUGAGGCUCUGGUACGAAAGCUAUGUGCUACUGGUAUUACAGGUCUCACUAUCCAUUGUCGAACUACCCCAAUGCGUCCAAGGGAAAGAGCCAUUCGGGAGCAACUUAAGAUGAUCGCAGAUAUCUGUCGCGAGAGUGGUGUCGCUUGUUUGAUGAAUGGAGACGUAGAAAAUAGAGAUCAGGCCUUAAAAUUGGCCGAAGAAUAUGGCACAAAUGGUGCUAUGAUCGCUGUGGCAGCCGAAGCAAAUUCGAGUUGCUUUAGAAGUGAAGCUGAUGGUGGCUUGGCACCAUGGGAGGAGGUGGUUCUCCAGUAUAUGAAGUUCAGUCUGGACAUGGAGAACAGAUUCGGAAAUACGAAAUAUUUGUUAAACCACCUGAUACCAGGAAAGUCUCCAGUUUAUCGGGCCGUUCAGCAGUCCAAAAACUACCAGCAAUUAUGCGACCAUUUAGGACACAAAAGUUUACUCGAACAGGCAAUAGAUGUGGACGAGAAAAUUGGAAUCUCUGAUAAACAAGUCGAGGAGCAUAAACUCAGGCAAACACAAGCCAAGGCAGAAGCAAAGGCAGCAAAGAAGAGAAAGAAUAUUGAGGACGAUGGAGGGGAACAAAAGAGAAUUCGAAGUCUUGAGAAUUCUGCCCAGUCCUCGACUUUGACGGAGACGGAGAGCGCACCUCUGACGGAACUCAAAUCAGAGAUGACAAUUAGUGCUUAGUAUUCGAUUUGCGAUUAUGGAUAUGCAUAUGUAUGGGUAUGAAAGGGUUUGGUGGCUUUUUGAUGCUUUGGGUAUACCUUAGUGAUGUCAAAUAUGGAGCAUCAGGGGCGUUCUGGAUUUAACCGAGAAGAGAUACGCAUUUACUGGAGUUUACACAGUUACUACCUAGGUGAAGAAUAAAUAUAGAAUUCUCUUUCAUAUAGGAGCAUAUAGGUCGCUACUCACAAAAGUUCUUGAACUUACAUCAUUAAAUUAUCAUUAUCAUCGUCGUGGAUAUCACUUUCACAUUUUACAGCCAUGAAGUAUGCAAUAUUCCCAAACCAACAUCAACUUGAUCAAGACAGAAUAUUACACAACGACAUAACUUGCAUCAAAAAACAACACACAAAAUAAAAAUAUCCACAAAUUUCAUCAGCACCUUCAUUUUAAAAUUUCCUGAAAACCCAACCACCUUCACCCCCCAACACAAA